GCAUUGCAGACAGCGCGUUUGGGAGGUGUAGUGGAAGAAAGGCAAGAGAAACGGAGUAAAUGAGAGCACUUUGUCCAGAUUGUUGAAGGACCCGUCAACUUAAAACACCGCCGAAACAGCUCACUAUAAUGAGACGGACACAUUGUUGAAUUCCUGUCCAGGUAAAUGUCCGCGUUUCCUUCGCAUGGUUAACUACAAGAGUUCGACAGCUAGACAGGGUAACCACCAUCAAGAAGACGGCUAUAAACUCCAGGACCCUGUCUCCAGGCUCCUGCGCAGGGCUGAGUGAAGGAAACUUUGGACUGAAAGUUGUCUCUCCCUGAGAGAAACCUGGAUCCUCCAUCCUGGCCACCAACAUGACCAAUGUGGUGAUCGUCAAGGAGGGAUGGCUGCACAAAAGAGGAGAAUACAUCAAGACCUGGAGGCCAAGGUAUUUUCUCCUGAAGAGUGAUGGUACAUUCAUUGGCUACAAAGAGCGACCGCAAGAUGUUGACCAGCUGGAAACCCCCUUAAAUAACUUCUCUGUAGCACAGUGCCAGCUGAUGAAGACGGAACGGCCCAAACCCAACACAUUCAUCAUCCGCUGCCUGCAGUGGACCACUGUCAUCGAGCGUACCUUCCACGUGGAGACCCCCGAGGAGAGGGAAGAAUGGACCAAAGCCAUCCAGGCAGUGGCUGAAGGCCUACAGAAACAAGAGGAGGAGAUGAUGGACUCCUCCCCAGACCCCAUGGACAUGGAGGUCUACCUGACCAAACCCAGACUCAAAGUGACUAUGCACGACUUUGAAUACCUCAAACUCCUGGGAAAAGGCACUUUUGGCAAAGUUAUUCUGGUAAAGGAGAAGGCCACAGGACGCUACUAUGCCAUGAAGAUCCUAAAGAAGGAGGUGAUCGUAGCAAAAGAUGAAGUGGCGCACACACUCACAGAGAACAGAGUCCUCCAGAAUUCAAAGCAUCCGUUCUUGACAGGACUGAAAUAUUCCUUCCAAACACAUGACCGUCUGUGCUUUGUCAUGGAGUAUGCAAACGGUGGUGAGCUUUUCUUCCAUCUUUCAAGAGACCGGGUGUUUUCAGAGGAGCGUGCGCGGUUCUACGGCGCAGAGAUAGUGUCUGCUUUGGACUACCUGCAUGCUGAAAGAAACGUGGUUUAUCGGGAUCUAAAGCUGGAAAAUCUUAUGCUGGACAAAGACGGACACAUAAAGAUCACAGAUUUCGGCCUGUGUAAGGAGGGGAUCAAAGAUGGCGCUACUAUGAAAACCUUCUGUGGGACUCCAGAGUACCUUGCACCUGAGGUGUUGGAAGACAAUGACUAUGGCCGUGCUGUGGACUGGUGGGGUCUGGGUGUGGUGAUGUACGAGAUGAUGUGUGGCAGACUGCCUUUCUACAACCAAGACCACGAGAAGCUAUUUGAGCAAAUCCUCAUGGAAGACAUCCGCUUCCCCCGGACCCUCGGCCUCGAAGCACGCUCCCUGCUCUCUGGUCUUCUGAAGAAAGACCCAAAGCAAAGGUUAGGUGGAGGACCUGAUGACGCCAAGGAAAUCAUGCAGCACAAGUUCUUUGCCAGCAUUGAAUGGCAAGAUGUUUAUGAGAAGAAGCUGGUCCCACCAUUUAAGCCCCAAGUUACAUCAGAGACGGACACGAGAUAUUUCGAUGAGGAGUUCACAGCACAAACCAUCACGAUUACACCACCGGGACAAGAUGACAGCAUGGAGUCCUUUGACAGUGAACGGAGACCCCACUUUCCCCAAUUCUCCUACUCUGCCAGUGGGACGGCCUAAACGACUUUCAACCAUUCCUCCGGUCCGACCAUCUCGCUUCUCCCCACCUGACUGCACUCUCAGAAGACCGGGGGCCCAAACCCUCGUCCUCCCAGCAAUCGUCUGCAGAAGCUGUCUUUGGAUGCAACAGUCGCCAUCUCCAAAUUACCUUUUCCAGGAAGAAGGAAAUCCGAGACAACAUACCUGUGUGGCCUUUGAAGACUGACCACGGAGAUAACACUACUGUUCAUUUCCUGGUUGUUUAUUACUAUACUGAGCAGGCAACCAUACACCGUAAUGAAUGGGGAGAUGUAGCUAUGCACAACUUACGCUACUGCUAUAAAUCAAUUAUUUUAUUUUUAUUUUUUUAAACACAAUUUAAUGUCACCAUAACCAUGUCAGUUAGAAAAUGGGCAUACUGUGGACCAAAUACAUCAUGUGGGAAGAGAGUAUUGUUUGAGUGGGUGAUCAAUCCAUGUUUUAGUCCAUUCAGACUUUUUUUUUUUUUCUUUUUGCUUCAUAAGUGAAUGUACCAUAUUAAAUAAAGUUAAUAUUCUUGCAUACUUAUGUGUUGUAACACAUGGCUAAUUCUCCUAAGACUGAAAUGCCAUCGUGUGGAAAAGAUCUUUAACACUUUCCUACUGCUGAAAAACCAACUCUUGUCAGUGUGUUGUACUGUCACACCACAUCAUGGUAAGUCUGGUGAACGGAUUGUGAAAAGCAGUCUGAUGCGAGGAAAGGCAAAUAUGCAAAGAAUGCAGCGCGAUUAAUCAUUAAGGCACAAACUGGCCUGCAGUGAAUUCUUUUUUUUUUUUUUUCUUUUUUUGGAAACUGUUUGCACACCAGAGUCAUUGAGAAGACCCCCGGUUACCUGUUCAGGGUAAUAAAUAGCCUCUGCAGCCUCCUCCUGAAGUAAGUGCUUAUAGUUCCUGAUGCCUUUUUAUCUCCACGCUGUGCCACAAACAUCACCUGGUUUCCCUCUGGUGAGGGUCGCUUGGCUUCGACCCUCCUCAGAAUCUCUGAUCUCUCCUUUGGGUUUUUCCUUCAUGUACAGUACACUGCUGGGUGUUUUCCCCACCCAGUGCAUUCGCUGCAGCCUCAGUGAGGUCACUUUAACAUAAUACACGUCUUUUAGGAAUACUUUGCAAACAAACAGGGCUUCAGGGGAUCGUCAUCUUUGAUUCGCCCCUUUCGGGGUCUUAUAUCCCUUCACAAGCUUCUGAGUUAUUUAUGAGACCAGCAUUGAUUAUAAUAAGUUGUACUGUGCCAAUGACAUGCACUUUUUCUGCCCCCAAAUGAUUACGUUUGGACUCUUACUUGUACUUUAAGGUCGGAAAAGAAUAAAUUUGCUUCUUUUUAUAAUAUGGAUUCAAAUGUUUGUGAAUGCAAAUAAAACCAGAUUUGCUUGUCUGGUUUUUGUUUUUGUUUUUCUUCCUUUUUAAAGAAGGCUCAGGCUUCUUUUAAAAGCAUGCUCAGUUUCCGAAAGCACUUCAGUAUAUUUAAGAUGACAGAUAAUCUUUUUUUUUUUUUCUCAAAAAGUGCAUAAUACAUUAUUGAAUGUAAUGGUUUUUGUGUUUUCUCUUCAAUCGUUUGCAGACCUUUUGUUCGGUUUUUGAAUCUGUUACUUUUUCCUAUGCACAUGUGCCCUUUGCUGUCACCUUCUGAAAAUAGGGAAAUUCAUUUUGUACUUUUUGUUUUUAAUUUCAAUUUCAUUUUUUUUUUUUUGUACCUGCCCUCCUGUGUUCCUGAGACUGAGGACACCAGCUUUAGUAAACAAUAAUAUAAACUUUGUACACUGUUUUUACUUGUCUCUUUCAAAUUGAUGAAAUAAAAGGUCUUAACAAUA